AUGGUCGGUUCCGUGAAUGGAUUGUUUUGCCUUUAUGAAGAAAACCGCUUUAUUCUUUGGAAUCCUUGUAUUAGAAAAUUUAUUACCCUUCCCAAGCCUUCAGUUACUGGCCUCUUUCCUUGUUAUUUAGCACUUGGGUUUGAUUCGAGGAACAAUGAUUAUAAGGUGGUGAGAAUUGCACAUCAAUUAGUAAAAAUUAGGUCCGAAGGUGCCAAACCACCUCUGGUAGAGGUUUACUCUGUAACAGAGGGAUCAUGGAGAAUAACUAGUGGUGGCGACUCGUAUCCGGCUAAGAUUACUAUUAGUAACUGGCCCCAUCAAGCAGCUUCUUUAAAUGGAGCUGUUUAUUUUCCGGCGAAUGAUUGGGGCGAAGCCCAGAGUUCAGUAGUUUUGUCAUUUGAUUUAGGUGAUGAGGUUUUCCGCGUGAUAUCCUUGCCAAAUGGUAAAUUCAAAUUGAAUGCUCGUAUUGUUACCUCAGUAUUCAAAGGAUUGCUUUCUCUAAUAUGUUAUGAGCAUCAGCUUAUGGGCGAGUAUUAUAUGUGCAGUGUCAAGUCUUGUUCUGUUUGGGUUAUGAAAGAGUCUGGUGAUGUGGAUUCUUGGACCAAACAGUUCAAUAUUGACCUCGAUAUGCAAUAUUGGAAAGUGUUAGGUUUCUGGAAGAAUGAUCAUAUAUUAGGGCAGAAAAUACAACUAGAUGCUUCGAUGCUCUUUUCAUAUGACCCUGAGAGCCAACAAGUGAACAAUUUGGGGUUUUAUGGAAGCAGCUGGUAUUCUUAUUCUUAUGCUGAUAAUUAUGUGGAGAAUCUUGUCUUACUUGACAAACCAAAUGAUGCAGUUUCCAAGAGGAAAGUGAGCACGAAGAGGAAGUGCAGAUAACAACAAUACAUAGGACUAAGGAUGCAGUCGCGUAAUGUGGCAGUAGUUUUUUCUUUUUGCCUAGAAUAUAUAUAUAUAUAUAUAUAUAUAUAUUUUUUUUUUUUUUUGGAGGGGGCCUAUGGCUCU